AUGGUGCUCGCGCAGUUAGGGGGUACCAUCACGCGUGCUCUUCAGCAGAUGAGCAAUGCGACCAUCAUCGACGAGAAGGUGCUGAAUGAUUGCCUCAACGAGAUCACGCGCGCUCUCCUCCAAGCCGAUGUGCAGUUCAAGCUCGUCGCCGAUAUGAAGAACAACAUUAAGAGGAUCGUCAACCUCGAUGAUCUCGCCGCUGGCCACAAUAAGCGCAGAAUAAUCCAACAGGCUAUUUUUAAUGAGCUGUGCAAGAUAUUAGAUCCAGGAAAGCCUUCAUUCACUCCAAAAAAGGGGAAAACUAGUGUUAUUAUGUUUGUUGGUCUACAAGGUGCUGGGAAAACGACUACAUGUACAAAAUAUGCAUAUUACCAUCAGAAGAAGGGUUGGAAGCCUGCUCUGGUCUGUGCAGAUACAUUUAGAGCUGGUGCCUUUGACCAAUUGAAGCAGAAUGCCACUAAAGCUAAAAUUCCUUUUUACGGGAGCUACACGGAGUCUGAUCCUGUAAGAAUUGCAGUGGAAGGUGUUGAGAGGUUUAAGAAAGAAAAUUGUGAUCUUAUAAUUGUAGAUACUAGUGGACGUCACAAGCAGGAAGCAUCUCUUUUUGAAGAGAUGCGCCAAGUUUCUGAAGCAACAAAACCAGAUCUUGUGAUAUUUGUCAUGGACAGCAGCAUUGGUCAAGCUGCAUUCGAUCAAGCUCAAGCUUUCAAGCAAAGUGUUUCAGUUGGUGCUGUGAUCAUCACCAAGAUGGAUGGGCAUGCUAAGGGAGGUGGUGCUCUUAGUGCCGUUGCAGCCACAAAAAGUCCUGUCAUAUUUAUUGGGACGGGUGAACAUAUGGAUGAGUUUGAAGUAUUUGAUGUCAAACCAUUUGUUAGUCGUCUUUUAGGUAUGGGUGACUGGUCAGGAUUCAUGGACAAAAUUCAAGAAGUUGUUCCUAUGGAUCAACAACCUGAGCUUCUCCAGAAGCUAUCAGAAGGCAACUUUACUUUGAGGAUUAUGUACGAGCAGUUUCAGAAUAUACUCAAAAUGGGCCCUAUUGGUCAGGUUUUCUCCAUGCUUCCAGGUUUUAGCCAAGAGUUGAUGCCGAAAGGACGUGAAAAGGAGAGCCAGGCAAAGAUCAAAAGAUACAUGACAAUGAUGGACUCAAUGACUAAUGAAGAGCUGGACAGUUCGAAUCCGAAGCUGAUGAACGAGUCACGGAUAAUGCGGAUAGCUCGAGGGUCCGGGCGGCCGGUGAGGGACGUGCUGGAGAUGCUGGAGGAGUACAAGCGGCUGGCGAAGAUAUGGAGCAAGAUGAAGGGGCUAAAGAUCCCCAAGAAAGGUGAGAUGAGUGCGUUGUCCCGCAACAUGAACGCGCAGCACAUGAGCAAAGUGUUGCCGCCACAGAUGCUGAAGCAGAUUGGCGGCAUGGGUGGACUCCAGAACCUCAUGAAACAGAUGGGCUCCACCAAGGACAUGAUGGGUAUGUUCGGUGGUGGUGCCGAUAAGUGA